GAGUGUGGGAACUCUAGUCAAUUUGAAGUGCAAAUUAGUGGCUACUUUACCUUCACUUCAGUGUGCGUUUCCAUCUCCAAUUACACGGGUGACGGGACAAAGUUUGAGAAGAAGAUUAUCAGGGCGAGAUGGUGCGGGUCAGGCUACCAGACUCAGUGGGAAUUAAGGGCUCUACCAAGUUCCCCAAAGUGGUCCUAGUCAAGGCUGACAAAGACAUCUCAGUAGUGUCUGUCAAAAACAAACAUGUGAUCCCUGAGACCACUGUGCUGUAUCCUGUCUCCAGCUUGGGAAAUGAACACUACAUAGUGACUCCCUCCACACAAUCCUUAGAUAGUUACCCAGAGUUCUCUGUUAUGAUGUACAAAGACUGCAACUCUAUGGAAGUCCACGUGAAAGGCAAGUUACAUUACCUAACACAGGUCUCUUCCACUGGCAACAAAUUGGAAAUUAAGCUCCGUCCUUUCGAAGGCUACCAGUUUCAAGGCAUAGCAGAUCUGUCUGGCACCAGGAUUGUCUCAGAAAAGCCAGUGGCUGUCUUGGUUGGCCAAGGGUGUUUUUGUAAUAACACAAAAUGCAACCAUGUCAUUGAGCAGCUCCUACCAGUUUGCAGCUGGGGUACAACAUACAUCAUUCCUCCCUUACCCUGGCAGAUAGUAGAUGAAAUAGUCUAUAUCACUGCUUCCCAGAGCACAACUGUGUUGUAUCAGCUAGGGGAACAGCCAGAGACUGUUACUCUAGCAGGAGGCAGUGUACUCCAGUGUCCUCUCAAGCCCUCGAUCCCAGUCUACAUCUCUGCUAAUGUGAGCAUCCAAGUGGUGUUCUACAGCGUGGGCGCAGCUGUCCCUAAUUCCUCCCAUGCCUUCCUGAUGAAUAUUCCAGAUGUUGCCAGUUACUGCCGGAUGUAUUCAAUAAAUACCCAGGAAGGCUUCGAGAACUUUGCCUUGAUGGUAGCCAAUAUUUCUGAGUCUAGUGCCAUCAUCCUAGACAAUCAGGCUCUAAGUGAUGUGGUGUGGAACCGAGUCGCUGGCACUGAUUUCUUUUGGGGCAUGUGUACACUUGGACCUGCCAUCAGCUCCCAUGCCAUGGAACAUCCCAGCUCUCCAUUUGUGCUCCUGAGUGUUGGCACUGCCACCAUGGACAGUUAUGGGAUUCCGGGUUCCUGCAGGAAGAAUGUUACCUUUAAAUGCCAGACUGCGACUCUACAGAUAAAAGAGCAGCUGGAGAUGUGCAAAGAUGUAUUUCUGCAGGGUUUACCACUGACUGCAGUGGGAGCAGAAUCAGUGGAACUUCUGGAAACUUGA